UUAACAUAUUACCCAGAUAAUUCAAAUGUUCACUAAGGUUUGAAAAGCCAUGGCUUAUAGUGUGGGGUCUGCUUUAUUUCAUCCUGAACAGCAGUUUUCCCCAUUGCUUUAAUUUGAGCUGCAAAAGUACUGUCUUGACAUCUGUUUUCAUACCUUUAUGGAUUGUAUUAGAAUUCAGCCUUGAAUGAGGAUCUUGAUAGAGUCACGUUAAGUUUUGGGGUGGAGUUAUUUAUAUUUUUUUCUCUCUUUUUUUUAGAUGGAUACCAGUUCAGAAAGCAAGGAGCUCCUUGAAACAAAGGACAAAGAGUCUGCUAUUAACAAUGCUGAAAAUACCUCUUUCAUUUUGGGAAGUGGGAAGCUUGUAACUCCUCAGAAACACGAAGCAGAAGUGACUGCUAAUCUUUGCCGACCAGAUAUAUUUAAAUCACCUUUGAACUUUUCUACCGUAACUGUAGAGCAAUUGGGAAUUACACCUGAAAGCUUUGUUAAGAACACUCCAGGAAAGCCAUCAUCCUAUCUUAAAAAAUCUAGACGACGUUCUACAAUUGGUGCUCGGGGCUCUCCUGAAACAAACCAUUUGAUUUGUUUCAUUGCUCAGCAGCGAAAUUUAAAGAAUGCACAGAAAUCUCCUUUGGCACAGAAGUCCCCUUUUCAGGGCAGCCCUGUACUGUAUCGAAAUGUUAAUUCAUUAAGAGAGCAAAUAUCUGCCUUCCAGACAGCUUUUUACUCCAUAAAGGAAAAUGAGAAAAUGGCUGACUGUCCUGAAUUCUCAAAGGCAGAGAGAGAGUUCGAGACCACAGACUUCAUCAAAAAAGAAGGUGUUAGCGAGUGGCAGCGGUCUGGAUUCUCUGCGAAGUUACCGUCCAAACGUCGGAGAAUAGCCUAUCAGAGCGACUUCAAUGGAGAUCUGACUGAUGCUGAAAAAAAAGGAAUCAAUCUCCAGUUACUCAAUACUGAUACUCCUGGUACAGACAGAACAUGCGCUGUUGAAACCUCACCUGCAAAUCUUUCUGAGAAAUCUUCUGGACCUGGUUUAACACAGUCUGGGUGGUUAGUUGAAGAGUCUAUUCUACUUUCAGAUCUCGCAGAGACUUCAAGUGGGAUCAAGGUUGCUGACUGUGUAGAGGGCAAAGGAUCAAGCGAUGCUGUUUCACAGAAAAAUCGGUUGGAGGACAAACUGACAGAAGCAGCGGGCAUAGGCACAGUUCCUGACAUCAGGUCGCCGGUAACUUCAGUGAGCAAGAAGGACAUUGCUCCCCCUGAGACCUUUGUACUUCGUUCUGUUCUGAAAAAACCCUCAGUUAAGCUGUUUCCAGAAAGCUUACAGGAACACUGUGACAACCUCUGUGAUGAUGGGACUCAUCCAAGCUUAAUCUCAAAUCUUGGAAACUGUUGCAAAGAACAAAAAGCAGAAGAUCAAGAAAAUCGUAAAGUACCAGCCUUUCUAAAUGUGAGGAAGAGGAAGAGAGUUACUUUUGGAGAGGACCUAAGUCCUGAAGUGUUUGAUGAAUCCUUGCCAGCAAAUACUCCAUUACGAAAAGGAGAAACACCUGUUCGUAAAAAGGAUUUAAGUAGUACCAGCCCUCUGCGACAUGAGCACUCGCCAGUUCCUGAGCAGCUAUCUCAACCGAAUUUUGAUGACAAGGGGGAGAAUCUUUAUCUAGUGUAUCUAAAAGAUGAGGCAUCUUAUCAUUUUUUGUUAGCUAUCUUAAUUUUGCUUGUACCUUACUCAUCAGGCACUGAUACCUUUAGCUCUUCAAAUAACCAGGAGAAUAUGUCCUCCCAUCAAGUUGGCAGAAUAACACGUACCUCUAACAGAAGAAAUGUAAACCUUGUAGAAGAUAAAGCGUCAAAAAUGUACAUGGAGCUAUUACAUCUUUCUCAAUUACAAUGUUUUAAUGCAUUUUCUCAGGUUUUAAAAAGUGGCAGAAAGAAGAAAGGAAAGGGAAAGCAGAGGGUUAAGAAAUCUUUAUAUGGGGAAAGAGAAAUUGCUUCUAAGAAACCUCUGCUGAGUCCUAUUCCUGAGAUUCCUGAGAUCUCUGAGAUGACGCCUUCGGUUCCAGGCAUCUGGAGGAUGUAUUCAGAUAAUUUCAACUCAAAUGGCAAACCUGAAGAAGUGCUGAAGCCUCCUAAAAAUCUAACUAAAAGAAAGACUCUUUUGCCUCAGAUCCCAGAAGACUUGCAUAUCAAUCAAAGUUCCGAUAAGUGUAAUGUGUCUGAAUUCUGCAGCUCCUCAUUGCUUGGUAAUGCCACUUUUGAUCAAGAUUCAAAUAUAAAUACUAUAGAAGUUAAUGAAAAUAUUCCAAAAGCAGAAAAUAAAGUGGAAGGUGAAAAUGAACUAAAAACUGGGGCUGGGAAUGAAAACAGUCAUAUAUCUUGUGUUUCUGUGACUGAAGAAUACAUUUUAUCGGAUCAUCCAAAACCAGAUUCUAUCCUGCAGUCCCAGGAGUUUUCUGCUGCUGGUCAAAAUGUGGAAAACCUUUGUCGAGUAUUUAAAAUUUCAGAAGAUAUAAGCAUAAAGUGUGAAAAGCAGGAUGACUUGUCAUUAGCAGUAGAGGGAAAGCCUAAAUCCAGUGCUUUAAUGUCUAACUCACAAAAAGAAGAUGUCUUCAUUGAAAAUAUAAAAGAAACUAACAGUCAAUGUGAGAAUUUGGAAAGAAAAUCCACAGAAAAUAGUAGUGAAGUGACUUGUAAAGAAAGGAAACAUAGAAGACGCUCCAUGUGUUAUCCUGAUGGUCAGAGUUUACCUUUGGAAAAAAGUGGAAAUCACAAAAAUGCCAACAGGGUAAGCAGCUCUGGAGAAAUUGAUUUAGAAAAUUCUGAACUAUAUAAAGAUUUAUCUGACGCUAUAGAGCAAACCUUUAAGAGAACAAAUAAUGAAACAAAAGUGAGACGUAGCACAAGGCUACAAAAAGAUUUGGAAAAUGAAGGACUUAUAUGGAUUUCCCUUCCGUUUCCUUCUACUUCCUGCACUUCUCAAAAAACUAAAAGGAGAACAAUAUGUACAUUCGACAGCAGAGGAUUUGAACGUUUGUCCUCCAGAAAAGAAACUAUGUCCUCCAGACAGAUACCCGGUAUGCCGUCCUCAUCAGGUAAAGAACACAGUGAGGACCCUGCUGCUAAUUCUGCUAAUCUACUUGGGAAGAGAAGGAUGAGCUUUUGUACAUCUACACUUUCAAAUACUAAAAAUACUACUCAAUUAGAAGACUACAGAAGAAGAUCCUUUCUCAACCAGAAGGAAAAAACUCUCUAAAUGACUGAAAGAAUUGAAUGUCAGAGAACUAAAGCAAUAGCUGACAUUUCCUGCAGAAUAUUUGGCAAGAGAGAAGGUAACCAUCCAUGUUUAAAAGAAUCAUUUCAUUCUAGGUCCCAUUCUUUGUUCAACUUUAGUGUUUUAAAAGUUUGAAAUAAAUAAAAUCAUUUGAGUUGAACCUAAUUUUAAGUAGAAAGAAGUGGAUUUCUUCAUCACCCAAAAAAAAAGCACUGUUAAUAUAUUCUUG